AUGGUCGAGGGACCGACUUUUGUGCAGUCACUUGUGGCCGGCGGACUCGCAGGCACAUCCGUCGACCUCCUCUUCUUCCCAAUUGACACCAUUAAGACGCGUCUACAGUCGUCGCAAGGCUUCGUGCGGGCGGGCGGAUUCAAUGGGAUCUACAAGGGUGUCGGGAGUGUCGUGGUUGGUAGCGCACCCGGAGCUGCCGUAUUCUUCUGCACGUAUGACACACUGAAGCGCACACUACCCCUCGCCGAGAACCUGGCCCCGGUGACGCAUAUGUUGUCUGCAUCCGCUGGCGAAGUUGCUGCUUGCUUAAUCCGGGUGCCCACGGAAGUCAUCAAGACGCGCAUGCAAACAUCGACAUACGGCAGCUUGGCGGGUUCGUCGUUCGCCGCCGCUCGGCUGGUGCUCUCGCAAGAGGGGCUCCGCGGCUUCUACAGGGGAUACGCCACAACAGUGAUGAGGGAGAUACCCUUCACGUCAAUACAGUUUCCUCUCUAUGAGCUGUUGAAACUCCGGCUGUCUCAAGCCCUAGGACGAAGACCGCUGCACGCAUACGAGGCUGCUGUAUGCGGGAGCAUUGCAGGUGGCGUAGCCGCCGCACUCACCACGCCACUGGAUGUACUAAAAACCCGGGUCAUGUUGGACAUGAGGGACACUGCCAAGCAGAGUAUGCCCUCAAUACCCGCUCGCCUCAAACAGAUCUACGUGUCUGAAGGACUACGCGCAUUGUUCAGUGGUGUCGUCCCGAGGACACUCUGGAUAUCAGCUGGCGGCGCUGUGUUCCUAGGUGUCUAUGAAUGGGCCAUCAGCACAUUGCCGAGCAUUUGA